AUGGGCGUCUGUAGCGUGGUCGGCUGCCACAAUCGAACUGGCUUUUCCUCGGCGGGAGUUACCUUUCACCGAUUUCCGACGGUCGCAAAACUACGCAAACAAUGGAUUUGGGCCGUUGGUCGCGGCGGCGGCUGGACGCCAUCGAAGUGCAGCGUGGUGUGCUCCGUGCACUUCAAAACUGCGGACCUCUACACGAGCGGUUCAGGUGGUUGUCGCCUGAAAAGUGAUGCGGUUCCAUCCAUGGCUUUGCCUGUUCAGAACACGGGAUCAAUCGCCGUCAACGAUGGAAAUGACUGCCACCGGCUGGGCGCGUGCAUGGAUGUUGCUGCGGAAGUGGAAGGGGUUGUAGAUGAGCCAACAGAGGCCAGCUACAAAGAGCCGGAAGAAAUGGAGAUUCUUGGAGAUGAGACUGCCUCAGUUGAUUUCUCCAAGCCUAGUGCAGCAACCACUGAUGUUUCUAAGCCACCCACAAGUUCUGUUGUAGCUGAACGAACAGACUCCAGUUGCAGUGAGCUGGAAGAAAUGGAAAUUCUCGAAAAUGUGACCGGCCUGGCUCUGAGGCUUCUGGAUACGCACCAUGGAGCUGUGAUUGCCAUCAACAAGCAUAGUUAG